GGCGGUGCGGCGCAGGCGCUGCCGCUGUGGCUGACGGCAGAGGCGAGCGCGGCCGUGACGCGAGUGGCGGGGCCGCUGGAAGCGCCGCCCGGAGCCGGGAAGAGCUGCAAAGCGGCGCCAGGUGGCUCAGAAUGAACAAGGAAGAUCAGCUUUCUGAAAAGGGUGUUCAGCCGUGCACAUUUUCAUGAAAUGAAGAUUCAAAAUCUCUUAACUUCAUCAUCUACUGAAAGGCAGAAUUUAAAACCUGGUUAGAGUGAGAGACUACAAAACUGGGAUCUGGUGUUUGCAAGUGACUGCUGGAGCAGGAUAUGGCAUACACAGGCUCCAGGAAGCCUAUUGUACAUGCAAUAUUUACAGAAUACAUGAAGCUCAAGAUCUGAACCUGCUAUGACUGACCCAGACGUCCUCACUGAGGUCCCAGCAGCUCUCAARCGCCUUGCCAAAUAUGUGGUGCGUGGCUUUUAUGGCAUUGAGCACGCUUUGGCUCUGGACAUCCUCAUCAGGAACUCCUGCGUGAAGGAGGAGGACAUGCUAGAGCUCCUCAAGUUCGACAGGAAGCAGCUGAGGGCUGUCCUCAACACCCUCAAAGGUGACAAAUUCAUCAAAUGCAGGAUGAGGGUUGAGACAGCUCCCGAUGGCAAAACCACUCGCCAUAACUAUUACUUCAUCCACUAUCCCCUGCUGGUGAACGUGGUCAAGUACAAACUGGACCACAUGCGCCGCAGGAUCGAGACCGACGAGAGAGACUCCACCAACCGUGCAUCUUUUAAGUGCCCCAUUUGCUUCAGCACUUUCACAGAUUUGGAGGCCAACCAGCUGUUUGACCCCAGGACAGGAACUUUCCGCUGUACUUUCUGUGAGACUGAAGUGGAAGAAGAUGAGUCGGCAAUGCCCAAAAAGGAUGCAAGGACACUCGUUGCAAGAUUUAAUGAGCAGAUUGAGCCCAUCUAUGCGCUGCUGCGUGAGACAGAAGAUGUUAACUUAGCCUAUGAAAUCCUGGAGCCAGAACCCACAGAGAUUCCUGCCCUGAAGCAAAGCAAGGAGCGUGCAGCUGGUGCUGGUGCAGGGGCAGCAGCUGGCCUUGCAGGUGGCCACCAUCGGGAAGCAUGGACUACAAAAGGACCAUCAUAUGAGGACUUGUACACCCAGAAUGUUGUCAUCAGCAUGGAGGACCAGGAGGAUCUUAACAGGUCUGCAGUUGAAGGCAAGCCAGCCAGAGAGAGACCCAUUUGGCUGCGUGAGAGCACCGUGCAAGGGGCUUAUGACCCUGAUGARAUCAAAGAUGGGGGCCGGGAUCUGGACACGUUCCAGGAUCGUGAGGAGGGCAGGACAGCCCUGGAUGACAAUGAGGAGGUGAUGCGUGCUCUGCUCAUCCAUGAGAAGAAGACACCUUCGGCUUCCACCGUCACCGUCGGCGGUGCCGCUCCUCUCUCCGGGGGCAACGCCAGUGACUCCGAGAGCGAGACCAGCGAGUCAGAGGAGGARUCCCCUCCCCGUCCUGCUGCCACAGCCUCCACAACGUAUGGGCUGGAGGAGGAGGAGGAGGAUGAAGAGUUUGAGGUGGUGGCAGAAGACCCCACUGUCACAGUGGCUGGGCGUCCACACUCUUACAGCCAAGUGAGCCAGCGCCCUGAGCUGGUGGCCCAGAUGACACCAGAGGAAAAAGAGGUUUACAUAGCCAUGGGACAACGCAUGUUUGAGGACAUGUUUGAUUAACAGGUCCCUGCCAUGGCAUUUUUUAAAAGGUGACUUUUUAAGGCACAGGCUCCCUAGCAGAACAGAAGASUGCAUCUUCCCUCCCCUGUGCACAGGCAGGGUCACUGUGACUUGGCACUGCUGAUCUCAGGCAUCAUCACCAGAGUCGGGGAGCAGCAAAGUUGCAUGUGCCAAAACACGCAGGGGAGGAUGAGGCUCAGAAGUGAGGUACAAAUCUGCUUCAGGGUGCCCUGCACGGGCAGUGCUUUAACUUUCUCCCAGGCCCUAGCAGCUCCUUCCCCCAAUGGUUUUAGGUUGAUUUUUGUUGCAAAUCCCAGUGAAGUUCUCAUCCCUGCCCUCAGAGGACAUAAGGGCUCCAUAGUCUGAGCAGAGUGCUCUGCAGAGGAGGGUGUAAGUAACACACAGCUGCCUGUGCUUAAGGGGGGAGAAGAGGGAACACUUGUCUGCUGAUUGCAUGCUUGGAACAGGGCUUGUAGCUGACCCUCUGCCACUGGCCACCAGAGUGGCUGUUUCUAAGCAGGCCUGGAGGCAGCAACCUUUUCUGAAAAGGUUUCUGAACCUUUUCUUGUUCCCCUUUGCUCGCUGCUGGUUCUCAGCACCUCAAGGRCAGGUGUAACUUGAAACAGGCAGAGUGAAAGCCUUGGCAAGCACACACAGUCACUUUUUGUCAGUGUAACAAAUGCCCUCCAUGGAUCUGAUCUGCCAGUGCUCUGACUUGCCUGGAGAUAYCUUCAUUGUCUGGUAUUGCUGCCUGUUGCUUCUGCCUAGCCCUGUCCAAACUCCAGUGUUGCAGACAGUUCAUAGUGGGCAGAGCUGCUGUCAGGCAGUGCCAGAGAAGUAGCAUAACUUAAGUUUUAUUUGCAAUCUUCCCAGGGCUGUAUGAUUUUAAGAGGAAUUAGACAAUUUUGAAUUCUGCUUGGCACACUCUUUUACCACAGAAAGACAUUUAUCAGUGCCUAUAGAGCAAUAUAAUGUUUUUUAAUGUUCUUCUCUUUCAAUUGAAAAUGUUGUUUUUUUUUU